GUUUACUGAUUGUGUAAUAAACAACAACACAUUAUACAAUCAGUAAACACAGGUCAAAGUUCAGUUCGCGUACUUCACCAGAGUCCCCAGCAGUGAACGAUGCAUGUGCCAGUCAUGUCUCGUGUGCGCUCAGUGGUGGUUUUGCUGGUCGGAAGCUCGUUUGGAGGCCUAGUGAUGGCAUGGAAGCUUGGAGUUGUCCUGCAGAUGUUAGGGCUGACUCUAUCAGCUGUGACGUUGUGUCUGUGCUACCUGUGCUACUCCCCCGCACCGCAAGGUGUCACAGAGCCGUGGAAGACGACCGUCAUCAUGUCCUUCAUGCGGUUUGCCGGUAUAGUGGUUCGUGGUUACAAAACCCUCGGGUUCGGAGAGAGUCUAGAUAUCGUUAGGGCGACGUUUGGGAAUAUGAAAGUCCCAUGUCCAGCUGAGGACCCCCGCCUGACUAUCCAGGACAUGACGUUCGGUGACGUCAAGGUAAAACUAUAUCGCCCCAAGGCCAGACACGGUGAACAGUUGGCAGGUGUGCUGUACUUCCACGGCGGAGGGUGGGCCUUCGGUUCGGUCGAUCAAUAUGACCCAUUUAACCGGUACAUUGCGAUCAACACCGGCGCAGUUGUUGUCUGUGUAGACUAUCGACUUGCUCCAGAGUACAAAUUUCCAACACCCCUCGAAGACUGCCUCCACGCCACAGAAUAUUUCCUAGAACACUCUGAAUACUACAAUGUUGACUCUUCCCGAAUCGGUGUCCUCGGCGAUAGUUCAGGGGGUAACCUGGCCGCUGCCGUCGCAUUAAAACUCAAUCGUCCAGAGAAAAACCUUCCGCCAUUAAAGUUUCAAUCUCUGCUAUACCCAGCACUUCAGGCCUUAGACUUCCGAACGGACUCGUACAAACGUGGAAACAGCAUGGACAUCUUAACCAUUGACAUGAUGACUUUUUAUUGGUGUAUCUACCUAACUGGUAGCCAUGCCCGGCACCCGGACUUUUCCAGUAACAACCACGUUCCACCCGAGUUGAGAAAACGUCUUUACUCUGUGGGUACUGUCAGAUCAAAGGACAAUAACCCGGUCAUGAAUUUGCCUGAUGAUAUGAAGGACAUCGUGAAUCCGUAUUUUGCCCCACUGGUAGCUGAUGAUGCCGACCUAAGGGGUCUUCCCCCAGCAUACAUCCUAACCUGUGGGUUUGACGUGUUGGGGGAUGACGGGAUAAUGUAUGCCAAGCGGUUACAAACUGUGGGCGUUCCUGUUGUUCAUGACCACCUGGAGAGUGCUUUUCAUGGCAUUGCCGUCAUGGGUUUCAAACCGUUCUCUUACAGUUUGGGGCGGGAAUCCUUGAAAAGGGUAGUUGACAUUCUUCGAGAAAAUCUGUAGGGAUGCACCACCCAGCUGAUGAUGUG